AGAGUAUGGAGAACCAGAGGACUUGGACUGUUGUAUGGAAGUGUCAGCUGGGAGGCAUUUGUGUCAAGAGGAUUUGCAUUGAAAUGGAGUGUUUAAGUCUGUUUCUUUAUUUUAUGUCCAUAGGUAUCACCUCAGCUGGGGUAUUUGGAGUACAGUGGACAUAUGGAGAUGGGGCCGUCGACCAGACGCGCUGGGCAGAGGGUUUCCCGGCGUGCGGUGGCCAGAAGCAGUCCCCCAUUGACAUCCAGCGGCAGAAUGUACGACACAACCCGGACCUGUUGGAGCCCGUGCUGACUGGCUACGCGGCGCAGAAGGGCAAUUUUGUCAUGAACAACAAUGGCUACACAGUUUUGAUUAACCUGCCCCCCAGCAUGGUGAUCACCAGGGGCCUGCCGGGCCAAUACACGGCCAUCCAGAUGCACCUCCACUGGGGAGGCAUGCAAAUGGAGUCGAGCGGUGCGGAGCACACACUGGACGGCAUCAGAUACAUCGCAGAGCUCCAUCUUGUCCACUAUAACUCCGAUAAGUACAGCAGUUUUCAAGAAGCCAAAGAUAAACCUGAUGGACUGGCAGUUCUAGCUUUCUUCUUUGUGAACGGACAUUUUGAAAACACCUACUACAGAGAUUUCAUCAAUAACCUGGCAAAGGUCAAGUAUGCAGGACAGUCCAUGAACAUAUCCAGCCUUGAUUUACGUUCCAUGCUUCCUGAGAACCUCAAUCACUUCUUCCGGUACCAGGGUUCUCUCACCGUCCCUCCCUGCUACGAGAGUGUCCUGUGGACAGUGUUCGACACGCCCAUCACCCUCUCUCACAACCAGAUCAAGAAGCUGGAAACCACUCUGAUGAACAACAACACCAUGUGGGACUACUACCGCAUGGUCCAACCUCUGAACGACCGCGUGGUCGAGUCCUCCUUUGUGCCGCGUCUGAGGAAAGGCACUUUAUGUCGCCAAGAGGAAAUUGAGUCAAAGCUUCUGAGGAUUGAGGGUAUGAUUACAACUCUAGCAAAACACACGCAUUCAGCAUUCAGUCAUCAAGAGGAAAUUGCGUCAAAGCUUUUGACGAUAGAGGGCAUGAUUAGUACUCUUGGAAAACACACACAGUCAGAGCCCAGACUGUGGUCUCCUCCCAUGGUGCUUCACUUCCCAGAGAGGAACACGAGGAGCUACGCCAUGGCCCACCUGACUCACCCCAUGGACCUGCAUUCCUUCACCGCCUGCAUGCAUGUGAAGACCCCUCCUGUAGGGAUCCACACUGUCCUCUCGUACUCAAGCCAGGGAAAAGACAACGAACUCAUGAUCUCCAUUGGAUAUGAGGUGGGGCUGUGGAUCGGUAACGAAUUCGUCAACCUUCCCCACAACUUCCACUCCCACGAGUGGGCCAACUACUGUGUCACCUGGUCCUCUCACUCAGGCGGGGCCGACCUCACCAUCAACGGACUGGUUGGAGAGGAGCAGUACAUCCGCGGGGGCUACACACUCAGUCCUGCCGGGGUCUUCAUCCUGGGGAAGGACCAGGACGGCUUCCUGGGGAUCUCCGACGCCGAUGCCUUCAUGGGCUACAUGACGGACAUCAACGUGUGGGACUAUGUGUUGACCGCGGCAGAGAUCCGGGAACAGAGGUCCUGCGAUAACAAGGUUCCUCUGAGGGGGAAUGUGUUUAGCUGGGGGGUCACCCCUCUGAGUCUCUAUGGGGGGUUGCAGCUGGAGACAGACUAUAGGUGUCCUUGAAUGCAGAUUUAGGGUCAGUUAUGCAUUACUCCCACUAAAGGUUUGGGUAAGAAUUUGGGAGUAUCAUCUUAGAUUGGUGCCUAAGGGAAUCUGACCAUAUGGUCUGUGCUUUUGAAAGAUAGGUUUAUCUCAGGUAGACAUCUGAAUAAAUGAGGUUGAAUAUAUAAUAAAUACAUGCACCAAGUGGAGAUUUCACCCUGGGGUACAGGAGGCCUGGCUGGGGUUCAACAGGACACAACUAAACAAAAGGUUAGUCCUUGUUAAAAAAAAGAAAUUAUGAGAUUGGAGAAAACACUGGAAGGGAUCUUGUAUAAUUUAUUCAUGUAGAAUCU